AUGGCGGCGGCGGAGCCCGCGAACUCGGGCCAGGCGGCGCCGCAGGGGCAGGGGCAGGGCCAGCGGCCGCAGCCUCAGCCUCCUCAGGCGCAGCCCGCGCCGCAGCCGCAGCAGCUCGGGGGCGGCAGCAGCAGGCACGAGAAGAGCCUGGGGCUGCUCACUACCAAGUUCGUGUCGCUGCUGCAGGAGGCCAAGGACGGCGUCCUGGAUCUCAAAGCGGCAGCAGACACCUUGGCUGUAAGGCAAAAAAGAAGAAUUUAUGAUAUCACUAAUGUCUUGGAAGGAAUUGACCUGAUUGAAAAAAAGUCAAAAAAUAGUAUCCAGUGGAAAGGUGUAGGUGCUGGCUGUAAUACAAAAGAAGUCAUAGAUAGAUUAAAAUAUCUUAAAGCUGAAAUUGAAGAUCUAGAAUUGAAGGAAAGAGAACUUGAUCAGCAGAAGUUGUGGCUACAGCAAAGCAUCAAAAAUGUGAUGGAUGACUCCAUUAAUAAUAGAUUUUCCUAUGUAACCCAUGAAGACAUCUGUAAUUGCUUUAAUGGUGAUACACUUUUAGCCAUUCAAGCACCUUCUGGUACACAGCUGGAGGUACCUAUUCCAGAAAUGGGUCAGAAUGGACAGAAGAAAUACCAGAUCAAUCUAAAGAGUCAUUCAGGUCCUAUCCACGUGCUACUAAUAAAUAAAGAGUCUGGUUCUUCUAAGCCCGUUGUUUUUCCUGUUCCUCCACCUGAUGACCUCACACAGCCUUCCCCUGAACCCUCAACUCCAGUAACUCCACAGAAAUCCAACAUGGCAACUCAGAAUCUGCCUGAGCAACAUGUCUCUGAGAAAAGCCAGAAUCUUCAGCAGACACCAGCCACAGACUUAUCUUCAGUAGGAUCUAUUAGUGCAGAUAUCAUUGACGAGUUAAUGUCUUCUGAUGUGUUUCCUCUCUUACGGCUUUCUCCUACCCCAGCAGAUGACUACAACUUUAAUUUAGAUGAUAAUGAAGGAGUCUGUGAUCUGUUUGAUGUCCAGAUACUAAAUUAUUAGAUUCCAUGGAAACUUGGGACUGUUAUCUACCUCUAACUGUGUAACAUUUUAGCAUUCUUAAUAACCUAAGUAUUUAAAAUGAAUGUAACACCUUUUUAGUUCACUGAUUCUGAAGUAUUCCUCCCUAAUACUACUUUUCCACUUCACAAAACUUCAAUAUAAAAACAAAGGGCUCUGAUUACUUCAGGGGUAAAAGUGAUUUAAUAUCCUCAAACCCCUCCCCUAAGUAAUUACCUUCUAAGAUUUCAAUAUUUCCUCUUAUUUCUGAAUCCUCCUUUUUUAGCUUUUAAGAGGGAAAUUGUAGAGUUAAGGCCAUCAAACACAAAUAGUUGGCCAAGGGCUCAUCACUUGUUUUUCUUUUAUUUCUACUGCCACAAAAUUGUUCAUAUUUCUGUGUGUCCUCCUGUCUAUACAGACACUCACUGCCACUUAUAAAGUGAAGGAUGUAAACUAGGAUGUUAACUGUUUCAGUGAACAGAUUUUGUGAAGUGCCUUCUGUUUUAGCACUUUAAGUUUAUCACACUUUGUUGACUUCUGACAUUCCACUUUCCUAGAUUAUAGGAAAGACCUGUUGAUGUAGUUUGUCUUUCAAAUGUGCCAAUGUCUGUACAUUAACAAGAUUUUUAAAAAUAAAACUGUAUAAAACAUUUAAUUUAUUUGUUUGGGUUUUUCUUGG